AUGACUAGCAGCAAUAUAUCCAAUAAUUCAUCGGUUCUCCUGCCAUUAACUAGACAUGAUGUUUUCCUUCCUCGCAAUGGACAUGGAGAUACCGUUUUGCUUGUCAUGAUCGUUAUCAACGCUGUUAUGGCUGUUGUAGCCAGUUGCAGUAAUGCUGUGGUCAUUUACACCAUUUCAAGAACACCUUCUCUACAAACUCCCUCCAAUAUUCUCAUUCUUGGUCUCGCCAUUUCGGAUUUUAGCCUUGGUGUCUUCGCACAGCCUUUUCUAAUUGUCCGUCUGUUUGCACAAUUGGAAUACAACCCAAGGCUUUAUCGCUGGUGUAACGUAAUCUUCCUGGCGAGUGGAUGGAGUCUUUCUGUGGUUUCCAUCUUGACAUUGACCAUGGUUAUUGCGGAUCGAUUCCUCGCCAUCCACUUGCACUUGCGAUACCAAGAACUGAUUACAACCAAGCGCCACAUGAUCAUUCUUGGAAUCAUUUGGCUUGUCUCGCCAUGGUUUGGCGCAUAUAAUGGCAUGCACGAUACAGACAAGGCGUUCCGUUAUGUGUACAUCGCUUCACUGUCCUUGCUAACAACUUUGAAUGGAUAUUUUAUCUUGAAUAUUCAUCGAGCAAUUCGCAGGCACUCAGUUCAAAUCCAGGUAAAUACGGUGGGCCAGGACAUGCCUAGGCAUAAAAAAUCCGUGAAAAUCAUGUAUUUCAUGACUGGUGCAUUUGUAUUGUGCUAUGGUCCUUAUUCUGCAAUCUUGGUUGCCAGACAGAUAGUGCCAAAGAUGACUCUAAUCUUUAAUUUUUGUAUCCUUGGCUCAACGACCCUCUUGAUGUUCAAUAGUGUACUAAAUCCAAUCAUUUAUUUUUGGAGAAUCGAAGAGAUGCGAAAUGCUGCGCUGGUAUUAUUGCAGAAGACAAGGCGAUGUUGGCACAUGAAUUGA